CUUACGGUCUCUUUUCUCUUUGCCAAUUUCUUUCCUGUACCUCGGCUGAACCCCCAGAACUCCCGGCGGAGGAAGGGAAGUCCCUGUGGGAGCUGGUGCUGGAGCAGUUCGAUGACCUCCUGGUGCGCAUCCUCCUCCUGGCCGCCUUUGUAUCCUUUGUCCUGGCCUGGUUUGAGGAGGGCGAGGAGACCGUAACGGCCUUCGUGGAGCCGAUGGUGAUCGUGCUCAUUCUCAUCGCCAACGCUGUGGUGGGGGUCUGGCAGGAGAGAAACGCAGAAAGUGCCAUCGAGGCUCUGAAGGAGUACGAGCCGGAGAUGGGCAAGGUGAUCCGCAUGGACCGCAAGGGCGUGCAGAGGAUCCGGGCCCGCGACAUUGUCCCCGGGGACAUUGUGGAGGUGGCAGUUGGGGACAAGGUGCCGGCCGACAUCCGCCUCAUUGAGAUCAAGUCCACCACACUGAGGGUCGACCAGUCCAUCCUGACAGGUGAAUCCAUGUCUGUGCUCAAGCACACGGACCCCGUCCCCGACCCCCGCGCUGUGAACCAGGACAAGAAGAACAUGCUCUUCUCUGGCACCAACAUCGCUUCGGGGAAGGCCGUGGGUGUGGUCGUGGCCACCGGCGUCUACACCGAGAUCGGCAAGAUCCGCAACCAGAUGGUGGCCACGGAGCCCGAGAAGACGCCGCUGCAGCAGAAGCUGGACGAGUUCAGCCAGCAGCUGUCCAAGGUCAUCUCCAUGAUCUGCGUGGCCGUCUGGGCCAUCAACAUCGGCCACUUCGGCGACCCCGGGCACGGAGGCUCCUGGCUCCGCGGGGCCGUCUACUACUUCAAGAUCGCCGUGGCCCUGGCCGUGGCCGCCAUCCCCGAGGGGCUCCCGGCCGUCAUCACCACCUGCCUGGCGCUGGGCACCCGGCGCAUGGCCAAGAAGAACGCCAUCGUGCGCAGCCUGCCCUCCGUGGAGACCCUGGGCUGCACCUCCGUCAUCUGCUCCGACAAGACCGGGACCCUGACCACCAACCAGAUGUCCGUGUCCCGGAUGUUCAUCAUUGACCGGGCGGAAGGGGACGACUGCCGCCUCCACGAGUUCAGCAUCACGGGCUCUACCUAUGCGCCUGAAGGCCAAGUGUGGGGCAGGGAGCCCGUGCGCAGCAGCCAGUACGACGGGCUCGUGGAGCUGGCCACCAUCUGCGCCCUGUGCAACGACUCCGCCCUGGACUACAGCGAGGCCAAGAAGGUCUACGAGAAGGUGGGAGAGGCCACGGAGACGGCCCUCACCUGCCUGGUGGAGAAGAUGAACGUCUUCGACACCGACGUGAGCCGCCUGUCCAAGGUGGAGCGCGCGGGAGCUUGCAACGCGGUCAUCAAGCAGCUGAUGAGGAAGGAGUGCACGCUGGAGUUCUCUCGGGACCGCAAGUCCAUGUCCGUGUACUGCACGCCCACCGGCCCGGCCCAGCCCACCUCCGGCAGCAAGCUCUUUGUGAAGGGAGCCCCAGAAAGCGUGAUCGAGCGCUGCAGCCACAUGCGCGUGGGCACCCGGACCGUGCCCCUGGGCCCCGCGGCUCGGGAGAGGAUCCUGGCGCGCAUCCGGGACUGGGGCACCGGCAUCGACACCCUGCGCUGCCUGGCGCUGGCCACCCGAGACGCCCCCCGCAAGAUGGAGGACAUGCGGCUGGACGACGCCAGCAGCUUCGUAGAGUAUGAGACGGAGCUGACCUUCGUGGGCUGCGUGGGGAUGCUGGACCCCCCGCGCAGGGAGGUCGCCUCGGCGGUGGAGAUGUGCCGCAGGGCCGGCAUCCGCGUGAUCAUGAUCACGGGUGACAACAAGGGCACGGCCGUGGCCAUCUGCCGGCGCGUGGGCAUCUUCUCCGAGGCCGAGGACGUGGCCGGCCGGGCCUACACGGGCCGCGAGUUCGACGACAUGGCCCCCGAGCAGCAGCGCGCCGCCUGCCUCAACGCCCGCUGCUUCGCCCGCGUGGAGCCCGCCCACAAGUCCAAGAUCGUGGAGUACCUGCAGUCCUUCCGUGAGAUCACGGCCAUGACCGGGGACGGUGUGAACGACGCGCCCGCCCUCAAGAAGGCCGAGAUCGGCAUCGCCAUGGGCUCGGGCACGGCAGUGGCCAAGUCGGCGGCCGAGAUGGUGCUGUCGGACGACAACUUCUCCACCAUCGUGGCGGCCGUGGAGGAGGGGCGCGCCAUCUACAACAACAUGAAGCAGUUCAUCCGCUACCUCAUCUCCUCCAACGUGGGCGAGGUCGUGUGCAUUUUCCUGACGGCCAUCCUGGGCCUUCCUGAGGCGCUGAUCCCCGUCCAGCUGCUCUGGGUGAACCUGGUGACCGACGGGCUGCCGGCCACGGCCCUCGGCUUCAACCCCCCCGACCUGGACAUCAUGGAGAAGUUGCCCCGAAAUCCCCAGGAGCCCCUCAUCAGCGGCUGGCUCUUCUUCCGCUACCUGGCCAUAGGAGUGUACGUGGGCCUGGCCACCGUGGGCGCAGCCACGUGGUGGUUCCUGUAUGACCCAGAGGGGCCUCGAGUCACCUUCCACCAGCUGAGGCACUUCAUGCGGUGCACGGGGGGCAACCCGCUCUUCGAGGGCGUGGACUGCGGGGUCUUCGAGUCGCGGUACCCGACCACCAUGGCGCUCUCCGUGCUGGUGACCGUGGAGAUGUGCAACGCGCUCAACAGCGUGUCUGAGAACCAGUCCCUGCUGCGGAUGCCCCCCUGGCUGAACCCCUGGCUGCUGGGCGCCAUCGCCAUGUCCAUGGCCCUGCACUUCCUGGUCCUCUACGUCAAGCCGAUGCCCGUGAUUUUUGAGCUUCCCCGGUGCUUUGAAGGAAUCUUUCCCCUGCCUGUCAUUUUGCUGGAUGAAGGCCUCAAGUACCUCUCUCGGAACCACCUGGAUGGAAUCCUCAGGAGAGCCUCCCAGGCGUGGAGUAGCCGCCCCCCUCAGGACCUCCCUGGGAAACCCGCCCAAACCCGAAUAAAAGGACCCGGACCGGCCGCCGGGCCCCCCCCUCCUGCCCCCCGCUGCCUCUCUGAGUGAAGCCCCGCCCUCCGCCCGGCCCGCCCCCCGCAGUGUCUGAAAGCCUCGGCCGGAUUCUCGGGAUUCCUGCUCCCCCCCCCGGCCCCCCCAGCUCUGCCCCUCCCUGCUCGUGUCCUAGUCACGGUCUGUCUGUCUCUGUCCCUCCCUCUGCCCCCUCCCCUCCCCCCACCAUCUCCAUGGCCCUCCCAGAGACUCCACCUGUAGCCUCUGCCGGGCUGGGCCCUCCCGAGGGAG